GUGUCGCCCUCCUCGGUGACGAAGCUCAGGACAUGCCGCAGCCAGGCCGCGGGGUCAGCGAGGGGCUCGGAGGACUCCGCCGCGGGGCUGGCGGGCAGCGGCGGUCCCAGGGGCCCCUCGCCCAGCGAGCCCAGCCCGCUGUCGCACCACUCGUCACCCUCGGGGCGCUUGGCCUCGCCGGGGGCCGCCGGGGCCGCGGGGGCCGCGGCCGCCAUCGCCGGGGCCGCCUCAGGCCGCGGCCGCCAUCGCGGGCCGGGGAAUCCCCGCCCCGGCGCCUGCCGGGAUCUGUAGUCCGUGCCUGCGCAUCCGGGUUUCUCAGCCAAUCAGCACCCUCCGUCUGCCUACGCAUUUUCUCCCCCUCCGCGGGGGCACGCCGGGAGUUGUGGUGCGGGCAGGCCGCGCCCAUGGCGGACCGCGACGGUACCGGGGGCGGCGGGGCCGGGAGCGGCCCGGGGGGUGCGGCUCCCUCUCCUCCCGCUCCCGCCGGGGACCCCCCCAGCGCCCACGCAGCUCCCGGUGCCCGGCAGGAGGAGGCGGAGCAGAACGCCGAGUCUCCGGUCUCGGAGCCCGAGGCGGGCGCUUCGGUCGACGCUGACAUGGAGCUGCUGCGGUCGCUGCUGUCCCGGACCCUGGGGCUCGGCGGGGACAGAGCGGAGCCGGUGCUGGACGAGCUGAGCCUGGCGGGCGUCAGCCGGUUCCUGAAGAGCGAGCGCUGUAAGAACAUCGUGUGCAUGGUGGGCGCUGGCAUCUCCACCUCUGCCGGGAUCCCCGAUUUCCGCUCCCCCGGCACCGGGCUGUACUCCAACCUGCAGAGCUACAACCUCCCCUACCCCGAGGCCAUCUUCGAGAUUGGGUUCUUCAAGAAACACCCAGAGCCCUUUUUCGCCCUCGCCCGUGAGCUCUACCCGGGGCAGUUCAAGCCCACGGUGUGCCACUACUUCAUGCGGCUGCUGCAGGACAAGGGGCUCUUGCUGCGCUGCUACACCCAGAACAUCGACACUCUGGAGAGGGUGGCGGGGCUGGACCCGGAGCUGCUGGUGGAGGCUCACGGCACCUUCUUCACCUCGCACUGCCUGCGGGCCUCGUGCCGCCAGCGCUACAGCCUGGCCUGGAUGAGGGAGCGGAUUUUCUCCUCCCUCGUUCCUAAAUGUGAGAAGUGCCAGGGACUGGUGAAACCUGACAUUGUGUUUUUUGGGGAGAACCUCCCCUCGCGCUUCUUCGCCCUCCUGGAGUCGGACUUUGAGAAGGUUGACCUGCUGCUCAUCAUGGGCACCUCGCUGCAGGUGCAGCCCUUUGCCUCCCUCAUCAGCAGGGUCCCCACCAACACCCCCAGACUCCUCAUCAACAAGGAGAAGACGGGGCAGAGUGACCCCCUGAUGUCCUUGAUGGGCUUUGGUGGGAUGGACUUUGACUCAGACAAGGCCUACAGGGACGUGGCCUGGCUGGGGGACUGUGACAGCGGGUGCCUGGCUCUGGCUGAGCUGUUGGGCUGGAAGGAGGAGCUGGAGGAGCUGGUGCGGAGGGAACACGCGGCCAUCGACGCCAAGGGCGGGGACAGGGAUGGGGGGAACCCCCAAAAGCCCCGGGGGGAUGAGGACAAGGAUGGGGGGAACCCCAAAAAGGGCCUGGGGGACAAGGGAAAAGCUCAGAGUGACCCCAAGAAGAGCCUGGGGGGCACGGCCAAGGCUGAAAAGGACCCCAAAAAACCCCAGGGGGAGGACAAGGACAAGGCUCAAAAUGACCCAGGAAAGUCACGGGGUGGCAGUGAGGACCCUUCCCAUAGCACAGGGGGGACAACCCAAGAUUAAAUGGUCACAGAGUUGGUUUUGGGUUUGUGUGGUCACUGGGGGGCUGGAGCUCUUUCUUUCCUUAAAGGAAGAAAGAGGAAAACAAAAUAAAAAUACAGGAAAGGGGGAAAAUAAGUCAGAAAAAGAAAGGGGGAGGUUGAGGGUACAGAAAGGUUUUUUUCCUCCCCUAAAAAGGGAUGUUACAGCUCCAAAAUGUGUUGGAAUUCUUAGGGAUGGUGUGGGGGGAGGUGUGUGCAAAAGACUGAAACCUGUCAAGUUUCUCACUUUUAUACCUACUGAGAAAUAACAUUAAUUUACAUUAAAGAAAAGGUUUCGAAACAAA